AUGCUUAGGGUUCCAGCACGCUGGCGAUGCGCAUCAUCACAAGUGGCCCUCGUUCAGGUGAGUGAGGAGGAGUCUGUGGCUCUCUGUACUGUAGUGCCCUCACAGGGCGAAGCCUCAUCGUGGGAGUUGGAUGCCUCUAUUACUAUUACUCCUCAAUAUGCUGCAACAUUAACAGCACAGGAUUUUUUCCCUGUGGAAACGCAUAAUGUUUAUUUUUUAAAUGGAACUUCCAAAACAAAGAGACGUUUCGUGGAAGCACCAGUUAAUGCCAGUGAUAAAGUUUACACACUUCGUAUUCAAACACCACGAUAUACUUAUACGGCAAAGACAGUUAUUCUAGAAGGUCCACGUGUGAGUCUUCGAGGAACUUUAGACCGUCUUUUUGCUAAUUUAAUAGGUUGCUAUAUUAUUGUAAACUGUGAUAUGGAAAUGGAUGGUGGACGAUAUCAUGUUAAUUCUGUUGAACUUCAAAGUGGAUAUCGUGGUUUGGCAUUAGUAUCAUCGACUACACGUGUAAAACUAAAUCAUAAAAAUGUUAUUUCUACUCAUGAUCCUGGUAUACUUAUGGGAGUGAGUAAACAGAUAGACCAAUUCCGUACAUUAUUACAAACGAUGGAGAAUCGUCCUGGAAAUUGGAUUGGUGUCUCUCUGUAUUCUCCAGAGGGUUGUGGGGCUUUAGAGUUAAUUGAUCACUGCGUAAAUGAAUCUCAGGCAACACUUGUAAAUUGGUCUCCUACAACUAUUUGGGAACGAAAAGAAAAAUUAUGGGGUGCACGUCUUGUGGUAUUAUGUGUAUCAGCAAUGGAUAUCCUUUUCCCAUCAUCAGAGGAGUCUUUCUCCAAGUUAACACUAAGAACCCUUUUACGUGAUAUAAAUCGUUUAAUAGAAGAACAUAAUGGAGUAAAAUCUGCAGUAGUUUUAGUUGGUAUUACUUCUACUAGAACUUCUGAGGUGGUUAGUUCACUUUUUUCUACAAAGAUUACAAUUGAACUUCCAGAUGUUCACAUGCGGGCUGCUCUAUUAUCACAUGUGCGAGGUGGUGAUAAGGAAGAUUAUAUGAAUGAAGCACAUACACUUGUAGGAUAUUCUAGUACAGCAGUUCUUGAAAUUGCUCGAAAUCCUCCUCGUACUUAUAAACCUCCUAUAAAAACACUUCAUUGGUCUGAAAUUGGAGGACUUGAAGAUGUAAAAAAUCGUUUGCGUCGUGCUUUAAUUCUUCCAAGAUUACAACCAGAAGCUUUUAUUCGGUUUGGGGUUGAACCUCCUCGUGGAAUUCUUUUAUAUGGUCCCCCAGGAUGUGCAAAAACGAGUUUAGUUAAGGCAUUAUGCUCUGAAGGGUAUUUUGCUUUUAUUUAUCUUGACUCAGCAACAUUAAUUAGCGCCUAUGUUGGUGAAUCAGAAAGACUUUUACGUGAUGUUUUUCAAAAGGCUGCACAACAAAAACCAUGUAUUGUUUUCUUUGAUGAAGUAGAAGUACUUGGUGGUAAACGAGGGCUUGGUUCACGUGAUGGUGAUCAUGCACGUUUACUUUCAACUUUAUUAACUGAAAUGGAUGGAUUUGCUUCUUCAAGUGGUGUUUGUUUCGUAGGAGCUACCAAUACACCACAUUUUCUUGAUAGUGCAUUACUUCGUCCUGGACGAUUUGAUUAUUUGGUGUACGUUCCUCUUCCAACACGAGAUGAUCGUUAUCAAAUUCUACAACUUGCACUUAAGGGUACAUCAGCAGAUAUUAACAUCUUAGCUGAUGUCACAGAAGGUUUUAGUGGUGCUGAUCUCUCUUCACUUUCCUCACAGGCUCUUCUUGAGAUUUUGGAACAAGCAGAAGAAAGCAGUGUUCCUACUUGUUUGCAUGAUUCAGCCACAUUAACUGAUCUUUUUUUAACUCGUAUAAAGACAUUUCAUAAAACAACAUACGAUGUUAAGGCACUUGAAGAGUUUCACAAGGAUUGCUCUUCUUUUAGCAGCUCUAUGUGA